UCAAUCGUUCGCAGUCCGCGCCGUCGCUCAUUCAUUGCGCAUGGCAACUUUCUUCGGCACGUAGUACGCAUGCGCCAACUGUGUCAAACGGUGACGCGACUCUCUCCGGCAUAACCUCUCACUUUUAUUUUAUUUACAAAUUUUGAUAAAAAUUUGGAAAAUAAUAUCAAUUGUUAUACAAAAUGUCGCGUAAUUAUUGGGAAAUAGCGGGGAUCGCGUGUGUGUGUUAUUUAGUAAUAAGUUUAGUGAAGUUGUUAUGGGGAGUUGUGUAUACAUAUGCGAUUGGACCCGCUACCAAUGCAGUGGAUUUUAAAUCUCAAGGAAAAUGGGCAUUGGUCACUGGAUGUACAGAUGGAAUUGGAAAGGAAUACGCGAGACAGAUUGCUCAACGCGGCGUUAAUAUUGUUCUAGUCAGCCGUUCGAUGGAUAAACUGAAAGCAACCGCCCAGGAAUUAGAAAAUGAAUUCAAAGUCUCAACGAAGAUCGUCCAAGUGGACUUCAGUGGAGGCGAAGAGAUCUACCAGCACAUUGCCAAGGAAGUCGGUGACUUGGAGAUUGGCACCCUGGUCAACAACGUAGGGAUGUCAUACGCAUACCCUGAACGAUUCCUCGACCUUCCCGAUUGGGACACCAUAAUCUCCAACCUGAUCAAGGCAAACGUGGUGUCAGUGACUCGCAUGACAAACUUAAUCAUGCCAGCCAUGGUGAAGAGAGGCAAAGGAGUGGUCAUCAACAUCGGAUCAGCUUCCUCCAUCAUUCCGAGCCCGAUGCUCACUGUUUAUGCUGCUACUAAGGCCUACGUCCAGAAAUUCACCGAAGGAUUAGAAAUGGAAUACACCAAGAGUGGGAUCACAUUCCAAUGUGUGAUGCCUGGCUUCGUCUGCUCCAACAUGUCUGGCAUCCGCAAGAGCUCUUUAUUUGCUCCUACAGCCAAGAAAUUCGUGCACUCAGCCAUCGCACUCCUUGGUACCACGAUCAUGACAACUGGAUAUUUCCCCCACGCUAUCUUCGUCAAUAUGUUGAACACCAUCUACAAUUGCUCCUCGCCUCUUUGCGUCUGGUUGGUUACCAAGUCCAUGGAGAACAGCCGCACCAGAUCCCUGAAAAAGUACAAGAAACAGUAAUUUAUUAACAUCUUUCCUAUAAUUAUUUGGUUUAUGUAAUAUGCUUUCUGAUUCCCACGCUUUUAACACAGUACUUAGUUUUAUAUUUCUAUUAAUCUUCUUAAUUCUUCUUCUCGUUUUAGUUUUUGGAUUCUUAUUAAGAAUCCAGCAAUAUGGUCGUUUUCAAUUUAUGAAGGACAGGUUUUUGUUUAUUAUUUCUUUCUUCUUUCGGGACUCGCCGUACUGUGUAUUCUCUUCUGAACUAUAAGUAGAUAGCCAUAAGGUCUAUUUGCGAAAACCAAAGAUUAUUUAAUCAGAAAACGUAGUCAUUAUCAUAAGCGUAUAUAAUAGCAUUUCUGUGUCUUUGAGUAUAUAAUAUUCAAUGUAGUUAUAUUUAAGGGUAAGCUGAUACUAAGCAACUAAUUAUCGACCAUACAUCAGCUGUCAUUCAAAUUUGCGCUCUAUUGUGAAUCGAUAAGAUUGAUUUUCGCUAUUUUUGCUGAUGUAUUGUUGACUAUCAAAUAAGAUUGUAUAAAGACUUGAGGUUGACUAACAACACUAUGGCAAAGGUUAAGGGUAUCAAUGGAUGUAUCAAUUAUUAUAAUCUUAAUAAAUUGGGCAGAAAAAA